UCAAGAGAUGGAAGCUUUGGGUUCUCCCGUUGAUAGUGGAACAAUCCCUUUGAAUUUUACAUUUGUUCCAUCCGUUGGAACCCUUCCGUCAGAGGUGGUGCUGGCAAAGGACUCAAAUUAUGUGCCUAAGAUUGUGUCUCACAAAGGAUCAUUGAUGCAAAAGCCUGAAGACAUACCUGAAAAAUUUACAGAGAGAAACAUGCAUGAAUCACCUCAAAGUAUGUUGGACACAGCUGGCAAAGCAGCAUCUCAAGACAGUUUAAUGCAAAAAAAAUCUGAUACAAAUAACCCAGAGAACAUAAACCAUAAAGAUCUAUUCAUUGCUGAAUUUGUUGUCGUGAUGGAUGAUGAUGAAGAUGAAAUAAUUACCAAAGAGUAUCAGACUCUGCCCUUUGAGGAAAGUAAAUAUAAAUUCAGAGAAACACCACAACGAUCUUGGCAGCCAAAAGUAGAAGUAAAGGUUAAAGAAUUAUAUGACCACAGCUUACAAGAGAACUGCCGUGAUGUGGGCGAGCUAGGGACUAAGAAAAUAUAUCCUGUGCCUUCGGUUGUCCUAGACUCAUGUUCUACUCAAUCUUCAUACUCCUCAUACCCAGAUAAGACACAAGUAUAUAGAAGACAAACCACUAAUUCUGUCCCUACAAAUAUAUAUAAACCUAAUACUGCAGUUAAAGAUACAUUUCAUCUACCUUUAUUAUCACAAAAGACUAAAUCACUUCAUAUUUUAGGUACAGAAUUUCCAGUCAGUUCAUAUACAAGAAGAUCCCUGUAUUCUUCAACUGAUUUAGAAAUAUCAGAACACAAAGCUUCAAAUAUCACUCAGAGCGGAAGGCCCAAUGUAUUGUCACCUCUUCCUAUACAGGUUAUAAAAUAUCCACUUUGCCGUAGCCCCAGUCCAUUGAGCUCUCCACACUUUGGCUCUUCUUCAACAAUAUAUAGUAUGAAUGAAAAUAUAUCUCCAGUACCAAAGCCAGAUGCUACUACAGCAGUAUCAUCACGGCUUUCAUUUUUGACUUCCUUACUAAAAUCAAAAAGGUCAUGUUUUAAAAGAGCAAUAUCUCCUUACCACCAUUAUCAGUCUGAAGCUAAAACAAUUUCUGUUACAAAUUCAUAUUUUCAGAAGUCCUCCAUGAUACCACAUGCUCAUAGGAAAGCAAUAUCCUGUGUUUCACUUAACUAUCCAAGAGAGUCCAAAAUGCCCUACUUUCAAAGAAAAGCUGAAAUGAUGUCAUCAGUAUCAGAGUCAGAUAUAUUACAUGGGGAAUUUUCAUUCCACCAAAGUCCAAAUAGGGCACUUUCCCCAGACUCAAUACAUUUUAAGUCAUCUACAAGUGCACUACUUUCUCCAAAAGGAUCUGUAUCACCAUCUUCUCAACUGCUUAUUAGAUCAAUUACACCACCGAGCUUUAGCAGGGAACAUAUUUUAUCCUUAAAUGAUAAACCUCCAAUAAGCAGAUUGCCAUCUACAUGCUUGAAAAAAUAUUCUGUUCCUGGUAAAUCCAAAAGAGUUACAUUGUUUCCUCCUCCUUUGAACAUUAACAAAUCACUGUGUCAGUUACCUGAUGAAAAGAAAAGGGAAAUGCCUCAUUUGAAAAAAUAUUCAACACCCAGGAUUCAUUUUAGAGCAACUCCUCAUUUUUCGAGUAAGACUUCAUAUCCACUCAAUGCAAUGACUAGUUCCUCUAUAGAUAUUAAAAAAAAUCAUGGCCUUUACGCUCAUGCAGCCCUACUUUGCAAUAAAAAUAUGAAGACAGAUCAGGACACAUGCCAAUUAUUGCACCCAAAUUACUCAUGUCAGGCUUUUAGUUCAAAAGAAUUAUCAAGUAAGAAUACACCACUUUGCUCAAUAUCUACGAACAUUAUGGCACAGCCAAAGUCAACUCUGUCAAGAUCAUGUGACCUGCCAUCAGGAAGUUCAUUGUCUCUGAUUUCUGACCUUGAAAAUAAAAAGUUAUACAAAAUCAAGUCAAGUUAUAAAGCUUUUGCGGCAAUUCCUACAAAUACAUUACUUCUGGAUCAAAAGGCAAUUGAUGACCCUCAAAUAAAUAGAAGAAAUAGUGACGCUGAAGACAGAACAGAUCCACAUACUGAGAUGUGCUCCCCUGCGUUGCUUAGGCAACAGACCGAAGAAAUUUGCGCUGUCAUUGAUGAGGUGCUACAUGGCCCAUUUCCCACGUCCUCUAAUUCUGUAUCAAGAUCUCCAAAGCUGAAAUCUGAGAAAAAAUCUGGAUGUAUACCAAGGCCUCCCCUGAAAUCAGCUGGACGAGAAACCAAAUAUGCCACUCUCCAGCCUCUAAUAAAUAAAAAAGCAAAUGAUCCUCAAAUAACAAGACCAGGAGUCAUAAGACCAAUGGCUGCAAAUGAAAGCAGAAAAUGUUAUCCAAAUCUGUUCCAGCAAUUCUCCCUGCCUCCAAAUAAAAGUUAAUAGUCAGAUGAGGUCUUCUGGUUGAAACCAGAGUGGGAAGAAAAGAAGUCAUUUGGACACAGACAUCAUUGGCCAUCCCUUUAAAAUGAUCCUUUCAAUUGUAAUAUAUGUUGUUGUAGCUUUACAGUUAUGUCAUUUUAUGGAAAUAUAUUCAUGUCUGCUUUGGCAGAGUUCUUAUAUAGUAAUACUGUAAUUAAUUAUCAUUAUACUGUAGAAAGCACCUUUGUGUCAGCGAGUAGUGAUGAAAUGAAUGUAGAAUAAUUGGGGGCAUUUCAUAUAAAAUAUUCCCUAAAUAAUGCAAGAUCUACCAGGUUAACCAUUCAAUAGUUGAACAAACAUACUUCAUAGUGGCACUCUGUUUUAUUGUAAUUAAAAUAUACUGUAUGUCUGCAAUUACUGCUUUGCAAGGUUUUAGACGAGGUUACUAGUUAACAGAAUAUUCUUGAUCCAGUCAUAAUUGGUGUAAGACAAAACAAGGAGUGUGAGGAGAUAUAAAUAAAGGAAAUGCAG